GAUAAGUCAUCAAAAAGCCAAAUGGGUUACUUGAUGCAAACGCACCUGGAGUUUGGAAUUUACACCCAAGGAAAAACCCCGCUGCUCCUCUGACCCUGCCAUGGCAGUUUUUUGUUAGUGCUGGCGCUGCAGCUGCCAAAGGCGUAUGCUUUUGGAACUUCUUCGGUAUCCCACUCUUGCUUGGAGCCUGGGUUUUGUUUUCUCCCAGGUUUUUGGUUCUGGGACAUGGAUCAUUUUGAGUCUUCAACAAAAAGAAGACAAUUAGACACUUUUGACUCCCUGAACAGUGAUAUCCCCUUUGAGGUGCUGUCUCGGCUGCCAACAAAGUGUUUGCCUGGAAUGAAGUGUGUCUCCAAAGCAUGGCACCGCCUAAUAUCUGACCGCACUUUUGUCAAGGUUCAGAUGCAGUCCCAAAAGAGAGAGCCAGUAUCGGGUUUCUUAGUCCAACAGAGGUACCAAUAUUGUGAAGAUGACAUCAAAACCAUAAGCUACAUUCCUGUAGAAACAGAAGGUGAUGAAUUGAAGCAGACUAUAUUUAACUUCCUUCCUGAGGAAGUUGCAUUAUUGACAUCAUGCAAUGGUCUAGUUUGCUGCCGCAGUUGCCUCCCUUUUCAGGUUCCAUCCUUGUACAUCUGCAACCCCUUGAACCAUCAAUGGAUAAGGCUAGCUUGGGAUGAACCUGAUAAAGAACACAGCUUUGCUCUUGCCUUUGAUCCAUCUCAAGACCUGACAGACACCUCAACCAAUUUCAAAUUGGUUAGAGUGCAGAAAUCUGAAACUGGUCUGUUCUCUUCUUGCUUUUCGUUUGAAGUAUACUCAUCGAAUUCUAGGGCCUGGAUGAAAUCAACAGAAGUCUGCCAGUGUAAUGAUGACCUGUACAAAAACAAAGGCAUUUUCAUUGGUGGGGUUUUACACUGGCUAACUGAUGGUGAUGAAAUUCUGACAUUCAAAGUAGAGAGUGAACUGUCUUGGUUGGUAUCAACUCCUCUUCCAGUCAUGGAGAUCAAUAGUAUCCCGGCAGUAUGUAUAGGAGAAUGUGACAGCAGAUUGCAUUACGUGAUGGUCUCUGACUAUGGAGUUCAUGUGUGGCUUCUUGAGGAUUACUAUGAAUCCAAAUGGUCCUUAAAGCUUUCAAAGUCUCUGGACGAAAUGCAAGAAGAAUAUUCAUACUUCUCUGUCUUGAGGGCGAUUGCACCUCAAUGGCAGGCAGUUAAUCAUAUCCCUUGGAUGGAUCCCUUGGCCUUCAAAGAUGGGUAUUUAUUGAUGAGAGUUUCUCUAAGAAUCUUCUUGUAUGACAUUGAGCUGAACAAGACCAAGGACGUUUGUGCUGUAUCUGAGCUGGGUAACAAUUCUACAUAUUUUCCUACUGUCCUUCCCUAUACCCUCAGCUUGGUGCCUCUCAAUUGAGCUUCAGAGACAGAAAGCCUAGAAAGGACUUCACAGUUUCUCUUUUUGUAUGGUUCAUCUUCUUCAUGACAGAAGAAUUUAGGAGAAAAUUAAGAGCUAAUGUUUUGGAGUUCAGUUGUCAAAUAUGGAUUGCAGGAAAACUUGUUGUGAAUACAAGGUAUGAGGUGUCUGACCUAUCUCCCUUUUGUACGUAACUUGUUAAAGCAAACCAUAGAAGAAGUUAUCUCUGAGAUUUUGUAAGAAGUAAAGAUAACAGUUUUAGACUUUAAGGAAGGUAGUGGAAACACAUCUAAGAAACUGAAUUUCUGUGA